AUGGACGAGGGCCUGACUGCGGAGCUGGCCGCGGUCGCCGCGAUUUAUGGCGAAUGCGCAGACGUGCCGUCGGGCGGGGCUGGCGGGAAUGUCGUGAGAGUGAGGCCCUGCCGGCGUGCGCCCCAGGUGGAGGUCGGCCUUCAGAUUUUGGAUGGCUACCCAUCUGUGGCGCCUGAGGUGUCCGUUGAAGGCCUGGCCCCCGACAUCGCGGUGCAGCUGGUGGAGCGCUUGAAAUCAUGCGCAGCCGAGCACAUAGGGGACCCCAUGAUUCACAUGCUGGCUCAAGAAGCGAAUUCUUUUGUUGUGGAAAGUUGCGUGGUUGCCUCGGGGGAAAUCGCAGCGGAUGGGAGUGAGCCUGUUGCCAGCACCAGCGGUGACGGCAGGGGAGAAGAUGCUGGGGGCCAGGAACCAUCAGAGCAGGGAAAAUUGGCGGACAGCGACACAGAAAUGGGGAGGCAACAGAAGGAGAAGCCGUCAAGAGCGAAGAGGAGAGGGAACGGAGAGCAUCCCGGGGCGUCCAAAAAGAACCCGAUGAGAGAAGCGAAGGACGUGAUACACAGGAUACAGUGGGACCCUAACUUGGAUGUGAGAGAUUUUGUUGUCGGAUAUUUAGACAGAUUUCUUGGCAUAGUUGAGAAGCCUUUUGCUCAGUUCACUUGGGAAGUGCUGCAUGCAGUUCGCCCUCAAAUCAUAUCCCUGCUGCCACAGAGCCUUGGCCUGACAUUUACUGGGGUGGGCACACUCGGGGACCGUCUCCUCUUUGUCGAUGUGCAAGACGAUGGUGCAGUCUCAGACCUGAGCAAACUGCUGAUGGAAGAGUUCGAGGCUGCAGGCGUCUCACUGGUGGGCAACCAUGACGAUCUCAAACCCCACAUGACGUUCAUGAGGCUGACGCGCCCCAUGUUUAAGGAGUUGGGGACAGACUUCAUCGACGGUGGCCUCCAUGACCACCUGAGGACGAUGUGCUUUGGCAUCCAGCACGUGGACGCUGUGCACCUGUGCUCAAUGAUGGAACCACUCCAGGCCAAUGGGUUCUACUUCAGGCUGGCCACUGUGGGGAAUAACCUCCUGGGGGCAUCUCCCAGGCUACAUGACAUUGUUCAACGCAUGUUGCGAGAGCUGUCAUCUGAAGGUCUCAUCUCAGAGGAUGAUGCAAAGCUGGUCAACUGCGAGCUGUCCAGCUCAGCAAACACUCCAGACUCUGCACUCGAGGCUAUCCGAUCGAUCAACAGCAAGCGGACUUGUCACAGACUUGCACUGAUCAUGAGGGGCGAGCCAGGCAGUGGCAAGUCCGCCCUCCUCAGCAGGCUGAACGACUGGCACAGACUGCACAUCUGCAGUGCAGACAGGUACUUUGAACAGCAUGGGGAGUACAAGUUCAAUGCCAAGGAGCUGGUGUGUGCCCGUGAGUAUUGCUUUGAGCGGUUCUUGGAUGGCAUUGAAAAUGGCAGGAAAUUCUUGGCAGUUGACAAUGCAAAUGCGCAGCUCUGGGAAUAUGCCAUCUACCGUCGUGUGGCAGAAUUGUGCGGGUACCAUGUGGAGGUUGUUGAGCUGUCCUGUCCCAACAGUGGGGUGCUCAAGCAGUUCGCUUCAAGAAAUGCCCAUGGUGUGUCUUACCCAAGGAUUCAGGCAAUGUAUGAGAGAUGGGAGGUGGACCCCACUGCCCGAAUGGUGCGGCCCUGGCUUGAAGACGAGCAUGAGGAGUACGAUCCGAGUGAGCAGUUGAUAUCUGUCUUCUCUGAAAUUCUAGCCGGUGAGUCAAGAGAGGGAGAGAUUAAGCCAGAGGUUGUGUACACUGCAGUGUUUCUGACAGCCAAGUCGGUCGCGGCACUGUUGCGGGCGAUCAAUCCAGCAUACGCCAAUGUUCACAGCGAUCAUGUCACCCUGGCAUACAGACCUGAGGAGGGCAGGGACAGCCAGGAGCCUGUGUUUGGUUCAGCCGCAGCCCUUCACAUCUUUGAUUUUGAUGGUACGCUUUUUGACACGCCUGGUCCCAUCGAAGGAAAGAAGGAGUACAAGGUAGCAACAGGGCGGCCAUGGCCACACACAGGGUGGUAUGGCCGAUCUGAGACCCUGAUGCCACCCCUGAAGGUGUAUCCUGGCCCGGCCCUGCACCAACUUCGCACGCACUGUGGCAGAUCUGGGAGCAUCACUGUUGUGUUGACUGGACGGCUGGAGCGAUCGAGAGAGGCGUUGGAGAAGAUCCUGGAGGCGCAUGGGGUGUGUGUUGACAGAGUCAUCCUCAAGGAUGUGGGGACGUCGGACAGCACAGAGGAUUUCAAGGUGCAAGUGGUCACAUCGAUUCUGGCAGACUGCCCCAAAGUGAAGCGCGUGAAGAUUUGGGAAGACCUGCCUGAGAACUUGGCAGCCUUCCACAAGGCAGCCCGUCGAUUCCCCAACAUCAGCUGGAAGAUAAUCGACUCGCUGUCUUUGCGCUACCCUGCCUUUGAACCAUUGGCCACACCUGCCAACCCCUCGCUGAUGUACCAAGUGCCAGGUGUAAGGGUGGGUGUCUCUGAAUACCUGUCAGCAGUGGGUGCAUUUCCCCAGAGGGAGCAGCAAGAUGCAGCCCGGACAGGCCUUCGAUUCAUCGCCAAGGUGUGGGCCUCCUCAAUCCAAUACCAAGGAAAUGCCAUGAAGCUGGCAGUCCCAUUUGGGUCAUAUAUGCUGGGAAGGGCUGGGGAUGUGGACCUGUGCCUCCUGGCCCCAGAGAAGCUGUCUGUCAAGGACUGCCUGAACCAGCUGCGAUACCAGCUUGAGAGGCGGGGCGUGAAGCGCACAUACAUUGGUGCCAGUAAGUGGUGCCCAAGGUUGCGUGUGUGCCUAGACUUUGCCACCAGCUCUCCUGUAGAAUUCGACAUCGUAUUCUGCAGGGUGGACAAUGACAUGCUCACCAGCGGGCUUGAGCCCGCACAUGGAGACAAGUUGCCAGGAGCUGUGGUGAGGGGAGACGCAGCAAGCAAGGCCGCUGCAGCCGGCCCAGCACUGCACAGCCAGAUCAUGAGGGCAAUUCCUGAUGAAAGGGCCCUGAAGCAGUUUGCUGUGGCCGUGGAGGUGUUUGCUCGAGUCCUGAAGGCCAGGAAGCUGAAGGGAAGCGCCUUCCAUGCUCCACGCACCUUCCAUUUGGUAAAGAUGCUGGCCAGGCACGUCACAGACACCCAUGCCAGCUUCGAUUCCUCUGAUGAAUUCUCUGCGAAGGCGAUUGAACUGGCAGCAAGCAUCAGCCAGCAGAACUGGGCCAAGGUCUUUGGUGACACUGUCCCCAUAAGCUACCUUGCAUCUCUCACAGUGGGCUUCUCUGUGGCUAGGUGCAUAGUGCAGGGCGGGGAGUACCCCAAGUGGGGGGCAGUGCACGAGCUGCUGAGCAGCGGGGAGGACUUCCCUCCGGAGGGCUACUGCGUGGUGGCUGUGCACUGCCGCUCCAGGGACUCGGCGUCACUGUGGCGACUGAGCAAUUUCAUCGAGGUCAGAGCAGGCAGCUACAUCCGCAUGCUGCUGGACAGUGGCAUAAUGGUGGUGCCUGGCACAACGACACGUUCUAAGGGCGAGUACCUGCUGGAAUUUGGGGUGCCAGAGAGGUCCAUCAUGGCUGCGCAGCACCAGUGCCAGCCGUUGGUGGACGAGGCCAGGUGCCACGAGGCCAGGUCAAACGCCUGGAUGGAGGUUAGGGUGCCCAAGAACAAAAACGCACGGUUGCAUCGACACAGCUCGUUCGGGGCCUCAGAAACGAAACGCUGCUUCAGCCCUUACUAG